AUGGUUGGAAGUGCUCCUGUUUCUGCCAACCCGCUCAAGCUCGACGUGCUAAGUCACGCCAAAUGUCUCGCCGUAUGCGUCGUGGCUACUAUGUCCACGUUCCAGUAUGGCCUUGACUAUGCCCUUGUCGGCGGAUUCCUCUCAAUGCCUGGCUUCCUCAAGGUCUUCGGUUAUUACUCGGAGGAGCUUGGCAAAUGGAAUAUUGACCCUACCGUCCAGCAAUUGAUAUCUUCAUUGGUGACGAUAGGCACUUUUGUUUCAUCGCUGCUGGUCGGACCUUUCAGCGCGAAAUUCGGGAGAAGACAGGGCCUUUGGGCGGCUACGCUUCUCAAUUUCGUGGCUACCGGCAUUCAGCUUGGAACAAAAAGCAAAGCAGCUCUCUAUGUUGCCCGUCUUAUGUUGGGUGUCUCCGUCGGCUGGUUUCUUACAUUCGCGCAGCUCUACAUCCAUGAAACGGCACCGGCACAUCUGCGUGGCAUCGCUUUUGCCUUGUACCAGGUUAUGCUUUCGAUAGGGUCCAUCGUUGGCGCCUGCGUUGACUUUGGAACGCAUACCAUGACAGGCCGGAAUGCAUAUCAAAUCCCCCUGGCAAUCUUCUUCGUGGCCCCAACUAUCCAGUCCAUCCUUCUCUUCCUCUUCGCCCCUGAGUCCCCAAGGUGGCUCAUGGUCCAACGCAAGGAAGAUGCCGCGGAGGCGGCAUUGCGCAAACUUCGAAACUCGAAUAUCAACGAACUAGAGUUCCAGGCAGAGUUGAAUGAGAUCCGACAGUCAACGCGCGAGCAACUGGAGCAGAACAAGAAAGCUCUGUUCUUGGAGAUGUGGCGAGGCACGAACUUACGUCGAACUCUACUCUCGAUCGCUGUCGUUUGUUUUCAUUCGGCCAAUGGAUCAAGUUGGAGCACGAUAUACACCACGUUCUAUCUUCAGGUGGCUGGUGUUAAGGACCCUUUCGCCUACUCUGUCCUGGUCACCUGCACUGGCUUGAUUGGUGUGCUGACCAGCAUCUUCUUCGUGCGACUGAUCGACCGACGCCUUGUGUUGUUGAUCGGCAUCACAGCCUGUGCAAUUUGCCAGCUUGUCCCUGCGAUUGCGUGGAGCGCGAGUCCCGGUACUGAAUCGACAGGAAAAGUGGUUGUCGCUUUUAUUGCCCUCUUCACGUUCUUCUAUGUCGCUUAUGCUCCCUACGCUUGGCUCCUCGGGGGCGAAUACGUCAACAAUCAACUCCGCUCCUUCACGUUCGGUCUGGCCACCGCAAUGAACUUUCUGGGCAACUGGGCAGGGACUUUCUCUGCUCCUUACUUCAUAAAUCCUGCAAAAUUUAAUUGGAGUGCCAAGUACGGAUACAUCUGGUUCGGAAGCAAUAUGGUUUGUGUCGUCUUCACUUAUUUCUUCUUGCCCGAGACACGAGACCGUACAUUGGAGGAGAUCCACGAGAUGUUCGAGGCGAGGUUGCCAGCAAGGAAAUUUAAAGGUUAUGUCUGCACUGGAGUGGAAAGUUAUGCUGCCGAAGCCAUGGGCAAAGAUUUGACCGAGACGAAGCACAUUGGGCACACAACACACGUGGAGGAGUUGCGAGACGUUCAGGCUUGA